ACUUGUGACGGAGGAAGAAUGAUCAUUACUGGGUCAGGAUGGCGAACACAUUGAUGACCGAGGCAUUCCGUAUAACGAAGGAGAAGAGAAUGAAAACCUUCAAUACGAGCCAUGAACAACGGUAUAAUUAGUUGGUUGUAGGAUGACACGCGAACAGACGCGAACAUUCAGAAUUGACGCCCACGCCCAAACCCUCCUCUCUCUCUAUUCCGUCUUCAUCGAAGAUCUUCGGCGAAUAUUAUUAUCAUUGGGAUCUUUUGUCAAAGACUCGAAGUAUUGCGUAGCGCCCUAUAGAGCUAGCUCUCUAUACCAAUAAAGAUUACCAGCCCAAAUGGGGACAGGAUACAAGUUGAAAGGAAAAGCCAUAAACUUGUUUUCCAAAUUGAAGCCAAACGAUGAUUCCCGUAAUAAUGGCCCGGAUGUCAAUUCGCGCGUCUCUCCAUCCAGCCCUAGCUCAAGAUCGCCAUCUCCAACUAAGAUACCAGCUUCCGGUGCACCUCCUCGAGGUCCUCGAGCUCCUGGGCAAACGCGCUCAGCUGAUGUGAACCAGAAUCAGCUCUCAGAAUCCUUGGACGCGCUCAAUUUAAAUGAACAUCCUGUUACACGGCAGCCUCAGCAGCGCUCUGGAGAUCCAUACUCAAAUGAUCAUGAACGAUAUCCAAGUGAUGGUCAAGUAUAUGCGCCACAGCAUCGACAUAGCAAUUCUGCACCCGGUGGGCCUUUCAUCGGUGGAUUUGCAGCACGCCCGCCUCCUCCAGCAUUGACACAGCAAUACGAUGGCCCUCCUCCACUUCCUCGACCUCCUGCAAUGCAGUUUCCCAAUCCAGCCGUGGAUAAUUCUACACCAUCACUUACAAUGCAAUACGCUCAACAACAACCGCCACCUCCGCAACAACUUCUAAAUCCGUAUGGUGGAGGUCACACAGGAUACGGAACGCCUCCUGCGAGACCAUAUUCUGCUCCUGCGCCUCCGGGAUUCCCACAUCCUGCCUCAUCUCCAUAUCCAUCUCCCUAUCCAUCACCGUAUCCAAUACCAGGAUCUUCUCCUGCUUAUACACCACAAUACCCAAUGCAGCCACCUCCAUCUACAUCUGCACCCAACUUCUUUCCGACGCCUCAUCAACCUCCUCAGCACGCGGGAAGACCACUUCCUAGCUCUCCGUCUGGUGCUCCACCUCUACCAUCCAGUCCCACACGCCCGGUACUCAACACGCAAUUCAACAGUCCCAGCGCUGGACUGAAGCAGCACGGAGCACCCGGCAGACGUCGAGCUUCGUCUACGCCACCAACUCCUACAGCAGGAGCUACAGGGGUCAGCGGGCAGAUUCAGUGUAGUGGUGUUACGAAGGCCGGAAAACGAUGUACGAGGCUGGUCAAAGGUGGUCCGGCACUGGUUAAUGUCUGGGGCACAAAUUCGCCUACUUCUGGGGACGUCGAACGUUUCUGUCAUCAACAUGCGAAGGAGCUGUUGGGUCCCAGUGGAUUUUAUGCUAGGAAACAGCACCGGGAUGGACGGCAGGGACAGGGCUUGCAGGAAUGGAUCGACUUUAAUGACUAUAUACCUCCCUACUUACAUCCGGACACUCAAGUCGCCCUCCGAGUGGAAAUGGAGAAGCCGCGAAGCCAGAGCGAUGUAGAGGGAUACAUAUAUACGUUCGAGAUUCGAGAUCCGAAUGACCCUUCCCCACCUACGAUCUCACUUAAAGUCGGCCGCGCCGUUAACGUCGUAAAGAGGUUGAACCAAUGGGGAAAACAAUGCGGGAGUAAGGAACAAGUUCUUCGAGGCUGGUAUCCUGGUGAAGUAGAUAACGACUCGGAAGAAGCCAAUGAUACCGUGGGCCAAAGUCUCAUGAAAGGUCGUGUCAAAGCCGGCGGCAGGGGCGUUUGGUGUCAUCGCCUUGAACGACUUAUACAUCUCGAACUGGCGGACCUUGCUGUACAUGGGCCGUACCUCCAACCUGGUUGGGAAGCGUUCACGAAAGGUUCUGGAAGGGGUAAGCUGUAUGCUGAUGCUCAUCCAGAUUAUGCGUCUAGCGUAAACACGGCUGCUACUGGCACUCACUCCUCUGCCUCCGCUUCAGUUAUUUCACUAUCCUCCUCUUCCUCCUCAUCCAGCUCAUCACCCUCGACUCCUGUCAAGGGCAAAACAGGCAAAACCAAAUCCGGGACGCCAGCUAAAUCCAAAUCGCCACCCAAAAGCAAAAAAGACAGAUUCCUUGCAAAUGGACUGGGUAACGGGGGCGGAGGUGCGCCUUGUAAGGAUUGUGGACAGAUACAUAAAGAAAUAUUCGAGUAUAUGCGAGUUCCGAAACGACCUAAAGGACCGAAGGGAAAGAAAGGUAGUUCGAAGAAUGUAGACUAUUAUGGAAUGGAAUGGGAAGGUAUUGUGAAAAAAGUGAUAGAUGAGUGGGGGUCAUUCGUUGAGAACUAUGUGUAGCCCGGAGGGAUGGCAAGGUUUGUAGUGGGUGUGUUUGAAAUUGGGGAACGCUGGACGUUGCACGUUCUAUUUGGAUUGAUUUGUUGUAUAAGGACUUUGCAACCCAGUUGCAACCUGAACUUGCUAUGUCGCUAUCGCUGUCUGUACAACAUCUGGACUGUACAUAGUAGAGUUGUUCCGGGUGCCAAAUGGAGCGUUCAAUCUCCCCACCUGCGAUCAUGAUGUCCACUUCCACG